AUGACCUCUCGCCCACAGAUCGACAGCCUCCUCGAGCCUCGGCGACAGGUCGCACUCCCCGACUCACCACCCCUCACUCCCCCACAGUUCAAGGACCAGUUCGCCGCCUCUAGCAAAGACACAAUGUCGUCGUGCCCCGCUCCCGCUCCACUCACUGUCUCUGAAGAAUACAACCACGCCGAAGGCGGGCCCCUAAACCCAGAGGAUAUCCCGCGGCAGUCGGGACACGUUGGUCUCGGUCUCGGUUUCUCCACCAAUGUCUCGACGGCCUACAUGACGCGCAACAAGAACACGGCCAGCGACCUGCUUCGCGCUGUCAAGGGCGGCCCUCUGAGCGGCGUGUGGGUCCGUGUUCCCCGUCGCGUCCGCCCCAUCCUCCUCGCCGCGACCUCGCUGGUGGCCAUCAUGCUCAUCUUCAUCUCGCGCUCGGUCGCCGCACCACCCAUCCCUCAAUUUGCGGCACCCGCCGCUUUCCGCCGCAACUACGACCUGUACGGCAUCAACGAUGAGCCCGAAGUCAUCAUCCACCGCCCACCACCUCCUCCUCCCUCGGCUGACGCAUUGGUCUUCGAGACUCCUCGCGACGAGCUGCUGGCCUUGAUCGCAUUCAUCACGGCGGCAACGGGUAACUCGCUCCCCCCGUCGGUCGACCCAUCCGAGACGAUUGACAUGGACGUCCUCGUCGGCUUUGAUCCCGCCGCUCCUGGGGCGGCAAACGACCUCGAGUUCCUCAAGGACGAGGUCAUUGCGCAACACCCGCUCGUGUUGUUCGGCCGGAUGCGCGACCCAUGGCACCAGGAGCUCGUGCGCGCUCUUGAGGAGUGGGUAAUUGUCCCCACACCCUUAGUUGUCGAAGUCGACGAGCGCGGCGACACGGCCACCUUUGAGCCUGUUCUCGAACGUCUCCUCGGCACCAAUGAACCCCAACUCGUGUUGGCUGGUAUCUCGCUCGGGACAGCACAGGACGUCCUUGGUCUCGACAGCGAUGAACUUCGCAAAAAGCUCGAAAAGACGGAACUAGUUAGCAUGACCCUCGCGAAGAAGAAGAAGAAGCACGCGGCGCAGGCCGAGAAGGUACGCAACCACCGCGUCCUCCGGCCCCAGGGCAUGGGUGAUUACUGA